AUGGAUGUUGAUGUCAAGAAGCUAGAGAAACUUUCCUUGAUUUCGAAAGUCUGUUCGGAACUUGAAACCAAUCUAGGGCCGCAGCAUGGAGACAAAAUUCUAGCUGAGUUCAUAACAGAUCUGGGACAGAACAGCAAAAGUGUGGAGGAAUUCAAUGCCAAAUUGAAGGAAAAUGGCGCUGCCGAAAUCCCUGAUUACUUAGUCCGUAAUCUUCUCACUAUCAUUCAUGCAGUUCUUGCUCCGGAGAAGAACCCGAGAUCUUCCAAAAGAGAAGACGAUAAGCCUAAAGAUAGAAGCAGAGAGAGCAGAGGUUCUAAGGGAGAAGAAGACAAGCCUAGAGAUAGAAGAAGAGAAAGCAGAGGUAAUGAGGAUCAAGCGUACAAUUCCGGUGAGCCAGAGUUGUAUGGUGUUUAUAAGGGCAUGGUUACAAGAGUGAUGGAUACAGGCUGCUUUGUUGAGUUGAGUUCUCUCAGAGGGAAGGAGGGUCUGGUUCAUGUUUCGCAGAUGGAGAAGAGGCGAGUUAGUAAUGCUAAAGAUGUGGUGAAGAGGGGUCAUCAAGUUUAUGUGAAGGUGGUUUCGAUUUCAGGUCAGAAGUUGAGUCUUUCAAUGAAAGAUGUUGAUCAAAAGACAGGGAAGGAUUUGCUUCCUAUUACGAGGAGUUCAGGCUAUGAUACUCGUAACUCCAACCCGUUAAUGUCAAGGGAUGGUACUGCGAGCAGGACUAGUCUUUCUGGGAUUAGGAUUAAGGAGGAUAGUCUUGUCCAGUCUUGUAGGCCAAGGAAGAGACUAAGCUCCCCGGAGAGGUGGGAAAUCAAACAGUUGAUUGCUUCAGGUGUUUUGAAUGCUAAAGAUUAUGCAGAGAUUUAUCAAGACGAGGAAGUGGAUAGUAUAAUGAUGGUCUAUAAAGAUGAGGGACCUGAGGAAGAGCUUGAAAUUGAGCUCAAUGAGGAAGCGCCGGCCUUUUUGCAAGGGCACGACAUGUAUUCUGUGGAUAUGUCGCCGGUGAAGAUCUUUAAGAAUCCAGAAGGAUCACUGAGCCGUGCUGCUGCACUUCAAUCUGCGCUGGUCAAGGAGCGUAGAGAGAUGCGUGAUCAGCAGCAAAGAGCUGUGCUGGAUUCUAUACCGAAGGAUUUGAAUCGUCCGUGGGAAGAUCCAAUGCCAGAGAAUGGUGAGAGGCAUCUUGCACAGGAAAUUAGAGGUGUUGGUUUGUCAGCUCAUGAUGUACCUGAGUGGAAGAAAGAAGCUUAUGGGAAGGCUAUUAGUUUCGGGAACAGGUCAAGCCUUUCGAUUCAGGAACAAAGGAAGAGCUUGCCUAUCUACAAGCUGAGGAAAGAAGUGAUUGAUGCAGUGAAUGAGAAUCAAGUACUUGUUGUCAUUGGUGAGACUGGUUCUGGCAAGACAACACAGCUAACCCAGUAUCUUGCAGAAGCAGGUUACACGACGAAGGGUAGAAUUGGAUGUACACAGCCUCGUAGGGUGGCGGCAAUGUCAGUAGCGAAAAGGGUUGCUGAAGAGGUUGGCUGUCGGUUGGGGGAGGAAGUCGGUUAUGCCAUUCGUUUUGAGGAUUGCACUGGACCAGAUACUGUCAUCAAGUACAUGACAGAUGGUAUGCUUCUUAGGGAGAUUUUGUUCGAUAAAGACCUUAUGCAAUAUUCAGUGAUAAUGCUUGAUGAAGCUCAUGAGAGGACAAUCCACACAGAUGUUCUAUUUGGAUUACUGAAGCAACUCGUGAACCGCAGACCAGACCUUCGUUUGAUUGUUACCUCUGCUACUUUGGAUGCAGAAAAGUUUUCAGGUUAUUUCAACAAUUCCAAGAUCUUUACUUUCGAGGGGAGAACUCAUCCAGUUGAUGUAAUGUAUGUCAAGGAGCCAGAAAGUGAUUACCUUGACGCGGCUAUUAUCACUGUUUUGCAGAUUCACUUGCAAGAGCCAGAAGGUGACAUCCUUCUCUUCUUGACUGGACAGGAAGAGAUUGAUUUUGCAUGCCAGGUUCUUUAUGAGAGGAUGAAAGCUCUUCCUAAAAAUAUACCCGAGUUGAUCAUCUUACCGGUUUAUAGUGCUCUUCCGAGUGAAAUGCAGUCUAGGAUAUUUGAUCUAGCUCCACCAGGGAAGAGGAAAGUAGUUGUGGCUACUAAUAUUGCCGAGGCAUCUCUGACUAUUGAUGGAAUAAUUUAUGUCAUUGAUCCUGGAUUUGCAAAGCAGAAUGUUUAUAACCCAAAGCUGGGGCUAGAUUCACUGGUCAUAACUCCAAUCUCACAAGCAUCAGCCAAGCAACGAGCUGGGCGUGCCGGGCGUACAGCCGAGGGGAAAUGUUACCGUCUCUACACUGUGAGUGCCUUCAAAAAUGAGAUGCGUCCUACUACAGUCCCCGAAAUCCAGAGGACAAAUCUUGCGUCUACGGUGCUUGCAAUGAAAGCUAUGGGGAUAAAUGAUCUCCUCUCUUUUGAUUUUAUGGAUCCUCCUACGCCGCAGUCACUCAUUUCAGCCAUGGAGAAACUGUACAGCUUAGGAGCACUUGAUGAAGAGGGUUUCAUAACCAGACUAGGAAUGAAAAUGUCUGAGUUUCCUCUAGAACCACCCCUCUCGAAGAUGCUACUCGCAAGUGUGGACCUCGGAUGCAGUGAUGAGAUCUUGACCAUCAUAGCAAUGAUUCAGACAGGCAAUGUGUUUUACAGGCCUAGGGAGAAACAAGACCGCGCUGAUCAGAAGAGAGCAAAGUUUUUCCAGCCAGAAGGAGACCAUCUUACUUUACUUGCAGUCUACCAGGCUUGGAAAGGAAAAAACUAUUCAACACCAUGGUGUUUCGAAAACUUUCUUCAGUCUCGCUCCUUGAGGCGCGCGCAGGAUGUCCGAAAACAGCUCAUGAGCAUCAUGGACAAGCACAGGCUGGAUGUUGUCAGUGCCGGAAACAACUACACAAAGAUCACCAAGGCAAUCACGGCCGGCUUUUUCUUCCAUGUAGCUAGAAAGGAUCCACAGGAAGGUUACAAGACCUUUGUAGAGAACCAGCCAGUGUACAUCCACCCAAGCAGUGCUCUCUUUCAGAAGCAACCAGGUUGGGUCAUCUACAAUGAGCUGGUUAUGACUACAAAGGAGUACAUGCGAGAGGUGACAGCCAUUGAUCCCAAAUGGCUUGUGGAGUUGGCUCCCAGGUUCUUCAAAGCUGCAGAUCCUAACAAGAUGACCAAGCGCAAGCGUCAACAACGUAUCGAACCCUUGUAUGACAGAUAUAAUGAACCCAACUCAUGGCGCCUUAGUAGACGCCGUGGUUGA